CCUAUAUGUCGGAGGCACGUGGCAUGGACACCGGCUACUCCACUGGCCGCGCAAAUCUUUACCGUGAUAGGUCCUCCGCCUUGAUGACAUCUACAGAAAUCAGUCGUCUGUCCUGCCCUAACUGUAAGAAGAUUCUGAGGGAUCCCCGGCAAGUCACAGUGUGCGGUUGUCGGUUCUGUGCUGGCUGCAUUGAUCAGAGACCAGCGCAGGGAUGCAGUGCUGAAAGUGUUUACACAUGUGCUGUUGAUGGAGCAAAGUACAAGAGGAGAGAUGUAAGCAACAAUGAUGGAUGAGGCACGUUGUACAGUUCGUAAGGACAGAGGUUGUCAAAGGGAGAUAGAGUUUCUAGAGGUUGACUGCCCUACUCAACCACGUCCUUGUUUGUGGAGAGGCAAACUCACUGAUAUGGAGCAUCAUGUGUCGGAGGAGUGUCCCAAAAGACUGAGGGAGUGUGAUCUCAAGUGUGGAGGCAAGUAUCUGGCAGAGGAGUUGGAACAGCACAUGGCCAGAGACUGCCACAGACGACCAGUCCCUUGCCAGUACUGCAAGCAACAACUGCCAAUGAAAGACUUACAGGAUCAUUACAUGGGUUGUGACAGGCUCCUGGAGUGUGCACCCACUGCAAACAAACUUGAAGUCAAAAACUGAGGUAUGCUUCUGUAGCAAGCUGAGAACCUUCCAGAAGCCUAGCUGUCUACGCCAAUGUAGUGCGCGGUCCGAGAGAACGGUCGCAGUCCGUUCAGGACUCAAUCUCUCUUCUUAGAGAGUGCUCACACAUUAUAUAGGUGGUGAUGUGUUGUGGUAAUGUUUGUGGAGACAAUUAGAUAAACACCCAGGUGACAAUGUAGGUCCAGGUGCUAACUGU